CCGCACAGUGUAUUUUUGACUGCGAAGCGCGUACGACGUGUGUCUGUGUUGCGUUGCGUUCGAGUAAAAAAAGAAGAGAGGAAAAGCGAAGCGAGAAGCGUUGCCGUCGGUGAAGUUUAUUAUUAUUAUUAUUGUCGAUAUUACUGGCAUUUGCCACGCGUUUCGCUAGCACGGAUAGCCAUCAAUCAACCAAAAAAACACUUGGAAAUCGCGCGCGUUCUUUCCAUCGCGCGAAGCCAUUGCAUCCCGUUGCCCAGUGUGUUUUUCCCGAAGCCGAAGUAUUCGGAAAAUCCUGGAAAAUAGGGCCCAAAUAAAUACUACUAUUCGUGGGCCGCGGAGGGAAUUUCUUUCAACGAGGGGAUCCCGCCGAUCCCCCCGCAAAAACCAGGAAAACAUAGAAAAAAAGAAAACAAAACCCAAAAACCGAAAAUUGCCGUCGCAAAAACAUACUUACACAUAUUAUAUUAUAUUAACAAUAUAAUUUGUUCAUCUCUAGUAACGUAGUAUGUAGAAGCAGCUGUGAUAAAUAGUGCGCAUAUUAUACGAAGAAAGCAAAAAGAGUAUACGACAAACAAAUAAAGCAACAAAAGCAACCACACUACUACUAUACUAUACCACAACCAAGGAAAAGGUCCAAGGAAAACUCACAGAGAGCGAGGAAAGUCGGGGAAAUCGCCAUGGAUUUAUGACAACAACAAAUGCAACCCAAUAACAAAUGAUGUUGCAGCAACAACCACAAUACACGAGUAUACCAAGAACAACAGCAACAACUGCAACGGCAACUAACAACAAAUUGUAUACGAUUUUUAUAAACCAAACAACAAAUUCUAUGUAAAUAAUUAUUAUAACAAACAAAAGGAAAACAUUCAAGAAACAGAUCUCCCGCUUAAAAAACAACCAACGCGCGCGUAACAACAACAACAACAAUACAACAAGUAUACAAACGUAAUAAUAAUACAUAAAAUCUAAACAAAUGUGCCUGUGUUAAAACAAAAGAAAGAAAGCAAAGUAGCGAAGCAAAGCCUUCAAAAAGCAGAAGCUUCCCAAGUAGAUGUAAAAGUGCAAAACAACCCAUAAAAACCAAGAAAGUAAAACCCCAAAACUAAAGAAAAACUCAAGAACUGGAGGAGAACCGAACGAAGCAAGGACUCCGGAACGGACAGCUACAGUAGAGCUUCCCUAAGAACGAGCGGCAGCUGAAGCGGCGGAGUGGGACGUCGGUUAGUGUGUUGCGCCCCAUUUGUUGUUCCUGCUCCAAAAGUGGCACAAAUCGGGUUAGACGUCGCUCCCAGAGCAUUAAUGGCUCAGCCCAGGUAUGACGAUGGCCUACACGGCUACGGCAUGGACUCCGGAGCCGCCGCAGCGGCCAUGUACGAUCCACACGCCGGUCACCGGCCGCCCGGACUGCAGGGCCUCCCCUCGCACCACUCUCCGCACAUGACGCACGCAGCGGCGGCGGCGGCCACAGUGGGCAUGCACGGCUACCACUCGGGGGCCGGGGGUCAUGGAACACCUAGUCAUGUAUCGCCGGUCGGUAAUCACCUAAUGGGCGCAAUACCCGAAGUACACAAACGUGAUAAGGAUGCGAUUUAUGAACAUCCGCUAUUCCCGCUUUUGGCGCUGAUCUUUGAGAAGUGCGAAUUGGCCACAUGUACGCCGAGGGAGCCCGGGGUGCAAGGUGGCGAUGUCUGUUCGUCGGAAUCGUUCAACGAGGAUAUUGCAAUGUUCAGUAAACAGAUAAGAUCACAGAAACCCUAUUAUACCGCAGAUCCCGAAGUCGACUCACUGAUGGUGCAAGCAAUACAAGUACUUCGGUUUCACCUUUUAGAAUUAGAAAAAGUGCACGAAUUAUGCGAUAACUUCUGUCAUCGGUAUAUAUCGUGUUUAAAGGGUAAAAUGCCAAUAGAUUUAGUGAUCGACGAACGGGACACCACCAAACCACCGGAGUUGGGAUCGGCGAACGGAGAAGGGCGCAGCAACGCCGACUCCACAUCGCACACCGAUGGAGCUAGUACACCAGACGUUCGGCCGCCGAGCUCAUCGCUGUCUUAUGGCGGCGCUAUGAACGAUGACGCCCGAUCGCCGGGCGCUGGUAGUACUCCCGGUCCACUGUCACAGCAGCCACCUGCCCUAGAUACAUCAGACCCUGAUGGUAAGUUCUUAUCAUCACUCAAUCCUUCAGAACUAACAUAUGAUGGUCGAUGGUGUCGAAGAGAAUGGUCCUCACCUGCCGAUGCUCGCAAUGCAGACGCCUCCCGGCGAUUGUAUUCCUCAGUCUUCCUCGGUAGUCCUGACAACUUCGGAACGAGUGCAAGCGGUGAUGCCAGCAAUGCCAGCAUAGGAAGUGGAGAGGGCACCGGCGAGGAGGACGACGAUGCGAGCGGCAAAAAGAACCAAAAGAAACGUGGCAUUUUCCCAAAAGUAGCAACCAACAUAUUGAGAGCGUGGCUGUUUCAGCAUUUAACGCAUCCCUACCCAUCCGAGGACCAGAAGAAACAAUUGGCCCAGGACACCGGCCUAACGAUACUGCAAGUGAAUAAUUGGUUCAUCAAUGCGCGGCGGAGAAUCGUCCAGCCGAUGAUCGAUCAAUCGAAUCGUGCAGUCUAUACACCGCAUCCAGGUCCCUCCGGAUAUGGCCACGACGCCAUGGGCUACAUGAUGGACAGCCAGGCGCAUAUGAUGCACCGUCCGCCCGGAGAUCCAGGGUUCCACCAGGGCUAUCCGCACUACCCGCCGGCCGAGUACUACGGCCAGCACUUGUAAUCCGCGUAAUCCGGCCCGGAACCGGAAACGGAACUGGAACUGGAACCAGAGAGCUCUCCGGAAGCGAUCAAGCCAAAAUCAUAGCUUAAAUUUUACCACCACCAAGAACCACAACUGGAGCAGAGGAAAAAGGAAGGAGGAGCAUCGGGAGCAUCAGGAGCAGGAAACGGAGCUGCAGGAGCAGUCCGAUCCAAACCCAAAACUAGCAUACCGCGUGGCAAUAUCAGUCAAGUAAUAGCAAACAAAAAACAACAAGCAAAGAACAACCACAACCGUAGUAAAAAUCUAUAAAAUGAUAUUAGCUAAGCAACAAGCAACAACUACACCAACAACUGCAGAAUCCAGAACAACAACCAGCAAAAACAAACCAGAAAUUUAAAAGAAACUAUUUGUGUAUACCUUAAACAUAAAUAACAAAAGCAGAAAAAAGGGAAAACUAAAAAACAAGAAAAAAGAUAUUUAUGCAUAAACAAAAAUGAAACGCUUAGCUAUAAGUUAAAUAAACAAAAUAAAACCAGAACUCAGCACACACAGACACACCCCCACACACACACACACACACACCGACGACAGCAACGGCAACAACAACAAUUUGAAAUGCAAAUUUUUAUGUUCAGCGCUGCAGAAUGCAAAACACAACAUUUUUAAAGCAUGAAUUUAGGCGCAGACCAGCAAGGAAACUAAACACACACAAAAUUAAAGCGACACUUUCGUUCGGAAUUGUUAUAGAUUUUAGUUGGAAUUUAGACUUCCGCCCCCACCAGGAAGUCAAGAGAAAAGAAACAAAUAGCAGCACGAAAUUCAUGAAAAGUUUGAAUAUAAUUUGCGGAGCGAGAGGAUGAGAGGAGAAUUCUUUGCUAGUUCUUAGUUUCAUUUUAGUUAUGUAACAAGUCAGCUGUAGUAACGCUUUGUUUUCUAUACCCCUACGCAUACAUGUAUAUGUACAUACAAAACAAAUCGAUAACAAACUAUAGAUACAUACGUACAUCUAUGUUUAGGCGAUAGAACCCUACUAUACAUUAUCCUACGUUUAGACGAUUAAUUUAAAUAAAUUGAAUUGUUUUCUAAUUUUACGCCUUGCAACACUUAAGUAAAAACGAAAUGGAAUUUAAUUUUUACAAAAAAGAAGAGAGUGGAGAAACAGAAAGCGGAGAGGAGUGAACCUUAUGAUUUGAAUGGAAUUUGUUUUGGAGUUUUUAUGUGUGCGGAUCUUGUAGUAUUAUUUUCCAACUGAAGCACACGGACCGAUUUGAAUAUAUAUAUAUGCGAGAUACAAACAAUACGAUACAAAUAAUGGCAUAGGCAUAUAUACAUAACUCUGAAUAUGUAUACGUAAUAUUAAUAAUAAAUUAUGCUUACGUUUAAACUGUACUUUUAUUUAUGUAUUCUAAUUUGUAUGCGUUAAUCCUUAGUUAACUAUUAUUAUUAUUAUUACAUUUACUUAAUUAAUGAUUUAAAUUUAACUAAUUCAAACACUGAGCAAGAGGAUAGAAUUGUAUGAGAGACGAUUUAUUGAUGAAAACAAAAAUGCAUAUAUGAGAAAAUAUUUGAAAAAAUAA